AGCCCAGCGAGCCCGGAGCAAGGGAGCAGCCCCCCCCGCCCACGGCCGGCCCCCGAGUCACCAUCAACACCGCGCGGGAGGCGGCGCUGCUGCUGCGAAAGCCAGUCACCACCACCGUCCACCGACAGCCAGCGACGCCAUGAGCAGCGAGGCCGAAACCCAGGCGCCCCCUUCCGCCGCCACUCUGGCGGCCCCGCCGGCCGCCCCGCCCGCGGCGGCCCCGUUGGCGUCGCCCACGGGCCCCUCCCCAGCCGUCGCGGAUGCCAAGCCCAGCAACGGCGGGAACAGCAGCGGCGGAGGCGGCGGCAACGGAACCAACGGCGGCCUGGGGUUGGCGGCGCCCCCCGCCGGCGGGGACAAGAAGGUCAUCGCAACGAAGGUUUUGGGGACAGUGAAAUGGUUCAACGUAAGGAAUGGCUAUGGCUUCAUCAACAGGAAUGACACCAAGGAAGACGUGUUUGUCCACCAGACUGCUAUCAAGAAGAAUAACCCCAGGAAAUACCUUCGCAGUGUAGGAGAUGGAGAAACUGUGGAGUUUGAUGUGGUUGAAGGCGAAAAGGGAGCAGAGGCAGCCAAUGUUACAGGUCCUGGCGGUGUUCCUGUGCAAGGCAGCAAAUACGCAGCAGACCGUAACCAAUACAGACGAUACCCUCGGCGCAGAGGCCCUCCACGCAAUUACCCACAAAAUUACCAAAACAGCGAGAGCGGGGAAAAGAAUGAAGGGUCAGAGAACUUGCCGGAAGGGCAGUCCCAACAGCGCCGUCCCUACCGCAGGAGGCGGUACCCCCCUUACUACAUGCGUCGGCCCUACGGCCGGCGGCCACAGUACUCCAAUGCCCCUGUGCAAGGAGACCUAGUGGAGGGCGCCGACAACCAGGGUGCAGGGGAACAAGGCAGGCCUGUCAGACAGAACCUGUAUCGGGGUUACAGACCGCGCUAUCGCAGCCUGACCGGGUUUUUCAGGGGCCCUCCUCGCCAGCGACAGCCCCGGGAGGAAGGCAACGAAGAAGACAAGGAGAACCAAGCAGAUGAGGUCCAGGGUCAGCAGCCACCUCAGCGUCGGUACCGUCGCAACUUCAACUACCGACGCAGACGCCCAGAGAACCCUAAACCACAAGAUGGCAAAGAGACCAAGGCAGCCGAACCAUCAGCUGAGAACACGUCCGCUCCCGAGGCCGAGCAGGGCGGGGCUGAGUAAAUGCCGGCUUACCAUCUCUACCAUCAUCCGGUUUAGUCAUCAAAGAAGAGAGUGAGUCUGAAAUAAAACAGAAUCUGAAAUUCCAGCAAUAAGAAAUCUGAACGGAAGAAGAAUUGGAACGGAAGACCUUAAGUGCUUGCUUUUUGCUGUUGACCAGAUAACUCCUCGAACUCUCUGCAUUAUCUAUGCAGCACGGGAUUUCUAUUAUUUUUACCUAUAAAGCUGUCUCCUCCUUUUGGGAGUGACAAACAUGUUUUUUAAAAGGCCUGUUUUUUCUCAAUAUACCUUUAAAGGUUUUUAAAUUGUUUCAUAUAUAUCUGGUCAAGUUGGGAUUUUUAAGAACCUCAUUUUUAAUUUGUAUGAAUACACCUGAUUUUUUCACGUCAAACUGCAAGCAUCUCUUAAAUAAAGGUCUUAAGAAUUGC